AUGAGCCCUUCGUCGCCAGACGUACACAAAGCACUCGACUUCGUGGAUCAUAUCUCACUUAAGCAUCCGGCUUCAGCUUUGUUACGCGCCUACAUUCUCGAGGCCGUUCAACCGCAGGCGGCUGCUGAGUACCUGCAGAGCAGGCUGAGAAGUGACGGACAUGCUGGUUCUCUCGUUGGUGACUGGAUUUAUGUUAUUGACUCAGACCAGCCACGUAUCAUGAAGCUCCUAGAAGCAUUCUUUGGCACCCAAUACUUCAAUUGGUGGCGUUUCUUCAUAGACAGAGCCGAGAUAUAUUCACCUUAUCAUACUCACUGGCUCGUCCGCAGAAGCGUGCACGACUCCUUUCAGCGCGGACUCGUCAAAUUAAUACGAUUGCCUUCCUCCAUGAUCGAGUUCAGAGUUGAACAUGUUCGUAUUGAUGAUGAGCGACCUAUCGAUGUGAAUGGCCCUAUUGCUUUGUUGGGUGACCAUUCACGCCAGGGAAUCGAGAAGCUCGAUGCACGGCUAAUUGGUUCACACGCCCGUUUCUCUAGAAGUAUCCAGCUAGUGAAUCUUGCAAGUACCAUCGCCCCUGGUCUGUUCUCUGAGCCGAAAACCACCAAACAUGCCCCCCAGCAGCAGUUCACGGUCCGCAUGCGUUCAAGUAAUCUUGGCCUGGGACACACGUUCGUACGCCCAAUAAUGCUGUUGUGGCGGUUCCUUCCAUCCAAAGUUCGUAUCGCGGCAUACGAUCUGUUGAGAAAACUGGGAAGCAGCUUCUACGGAAAAGACGGGGAUGCGCAGGUUCAGAGGGUACCUUUUGGACUAUACCUCAAGUGUAACUCCAACCCGGAUACCCUGAGGAACGAGUAUAAUGCCCUCAAGGUCUUGGAAGAAAAGACAAGCAUUACUGUGCCACGAGUCUUUGAUAUAGUGUCUCAGACCAAUGACGAGGAUGAUUUGAGUUAUCUGCUCAUGAGUAGGGUUCCAGGCACAUCAUUGGCGAUAUGUCGGGAUGCGCUUUCUGACCAAGACUACGCCAACCUCUCCAUCCAGCUCAAGGAUUGUGUAUCACAAAUGCGGGAAAUUCCCAAACCGGCCAAUCAUGAUAUGGCUAUCUGCAAUACCUUGGGUGAGGCCUGCCGCGAUCCGCGAAUUCGAGAUUGGUCUCCCAUCGGACCCUUUCCAGACGAAGCGUCGUUUAGCCAAAGUCUACGCUUCUCAGACGAGCCCAGCCGGCGUGGACACAAGAUUUGUUUUACCCACGGAGACCUCAACCCUCGCAACAUUAUGGUGGAACGAAUUAGCAAUUCUGCUGAAGUUAGAGGAUGGCGGUUAAGUGGAAUUAUAGACUGGGAAACAGCAGGAUAUUAUCCUGAGUAUUGGGACUACACUAAGAGCAUGUUUGAAAGCUUUCGGUGGCCAAGGAGACAUAACGGAAUGAUGUCAGACGUGUUCAGCGAGUUUGGUGAUUAUAGCGAGGAAUUGGCCGUAGAGAGGCGGGCUUGGGAGUCAGGAGACGGAAUUUGA